AUGCUCUUAUGUAUGAGUGCUCUUAUUUGAACAUCAGUAAUUAAUUCACUCAUUUACAUCUAUCAAAAGAAGGAAAUUGCAUAUAAAAUUGCAAUUGUUGUGUAAACGGGCCUCGCAAAUUCCCCGGGUAUUUUCCUGUCCUUGUGCAUAUAUAAAUAUAUGCUUUCAGACAUAUCGUAUUACAGUAUUUUUUGAUAAAAAGUUUUUUAGAUUCACACAAUACCACGCGAGCUUUGCUCAAAUUACAUGAACAACGUGGGUCAAUUGUUCCUACCUGCAUUCAUUGUUGCCUUUUGACAAAGACCGGUCGGGUAUCGUUGUAAAGGUCUAUCAGAAUCAGAUUUAAAUAAUGGAAGUCUAUCAUUAUAUCUUUGGAAUUACUAUCAUCUUUAGUUUUAUUCAUCUUUCACGAUCGGCAGAUAAGCCUAGUGGAUUGUCUCAAGGUAUAUAUUGCGAAGGAUGUAUUGCAACUGUUAAAGAAUUGUUAAAGAAAGUCGACAAGAAGACAGGAGAUAGUCGUGAAGUUAGAGUGAUCGAUGGGAUGGAGGAUAUUUGUAAUCUUCAGAACUUUGGAAGUUACGAUUAUUCUCCACCAAAAACUGGACAGGCCUGUAAAUAUCUCAUAGAAAACUAUGACGAGGAGAUUGAGGGAAUCAUGCUGGAUGAAGGUAAAUCAGAAUAUUUCGAGAAAAAAAUUUGCUUUGAACUUUCCGAGGCGUGCAAGGGGGUUGAUCGAACCAAGAAAGAAAAGGAAGAGCUGGAGGUGAACAUUAACGAUAAAAAACAAAAAAUUCACACUGGCGAUCCGAAGAAAGAAAUGGAACAGUUUAACGUCGACAUUAACGAGGAGGGUGCUGCCGAGAAGCUCGUUAAUCAAAUAAAUAUGGCAAUUAAGGAUAAGGAGGGUACUGGUGGUGGUGAUGAUGACAAUGACAAUGACGACAAUGAUGAUGAUAAUGAAAUAGAUGAUGAUGAUGAUUCUGAUAUGGAUAAUGUUGAUACCGAUGAAGUAGAAAAUCUCACUGAUAAAUUUGAAAAGGAUACCAAGACUGAACUCUAGUAAGAGACAAAAAAAAAUGCACCAAU